AUGGCCUCCCGCAGCGGUGCCAUUGCGCGCCGCCGCUUCAGCGCCAACGGCGUCUACGGCGACUUCAUCGAUGCCAUCGGCAACACGCCUCUCAUUCGCCUGCGCGGAGCUUCGGAAGCUACGGGCUGCGAGAUCUACGGCAAGUGCGAGUUCCUCAAUCCUGGAGGUUCGGUCAAGGACCGCGCGGCUCUGGGCAUAGUCCAGGAAGCGCAGGCGCGCGGCGCGCUCGCGCGCGGCGGGACGCUCGUCGACGGCACCGCCGGCAACACGGGCAUCGGCCUCACGGCCGUCUGCAACACCAUCGGCGCGCGGACGAUCAUUGUCAUUCCGGAGACGCAGACGCGGGAGAAGAAGGACGCGCUGCGCCAGCUCGGCGCGCGUCUGGUCGAGGUGCCCGCGGCCCCAUACAAGGACGCCAACAACUACAUCAAGGUCUCGGGCCGCCUCGCGGAGGAGCUCGGCGCGUGCUGGGGCAACCAGUUCGACAACACCGCGAAUCGCGACGCGCACUACGAGUCCACGGGCCCCGAGAUCUGGGCGCAGACCGGCGGCGCGGUCGACGCUUUCAGCUGCGCCGUCGGCACGGGCGGGACGCUCGUCGGCACGGGGCGGUUUCUUCGCGAGGCGAGCGACGCGCGGACGAAGAUCUGCCUGACGGAUCCUCCCGGCGCGGCAAUCUUCCGCUACUACCGCGACGGCGCGCUGGCGAGCGAGGGGAGUAGUAUCACCGAGGGCGUCGGCCAGGGCCGCAUCACGGCCAACCUCGAGGGUUUCGCGCCCGACUCGCAGUACGAGAUCGACGACGGCGCGAGCCUGCGAUGCGCCUACGACCUCCUCCAGAACGAGGGGCUCGCCCUCGGCCUCUCCUCGGGGCUCAACGUCGCCGGCGCCAUGGAGGUCGCCAGGGACCUGGGGCCGGGCCACACCGUCGUGACCAUUCUAUGCGACGGCGCGCACCGCUACGCGUCGAAGAUGUUCGACGUCGCCUACCUCGAGGGCCAGGGCCUCCCCGCGCCCGCCUGGCUCGCGCCGUCGCCGAGCGACGACGUCGCCGACGCGCUCUUUCGCGUUUUAGCGGACUCGUGA